AUGUGGAGUUGGUUGCUUGCUCUGGCUAUGGAAGACUGGGUUUUUCACUUCGUGAAAUUAUUCUUCUCCAGAGCAAGAUUUGAUUUUGGCAGAGCCGCGAGUAGUAUGAUGGGAGACAGUCAAUCGAACAUUUGUCUCAAGGACAACG